AUGUCAGCCUCUGCUCAAGCGUUAAACAAGAAACCUUUUUUGGGUCAUUUAUUUCGUACAAAGACCAAGCACAUGCAUUCUUCUUCUCUAAGUUCAACACGCGACUGCUGGACCCAUUGUCAUGAUCCAUAUGAACCACCAACAAGCCUCAAGGCACGUCAAGAGACUUUGGACAAGUUGUGUGGGAUCAUUCCAUCCACUUCCACUUCUACACCACGUCGUCCACGCGUAGUAGUACCAACGACAACAACAUCAACACCCUCUUUGCGAAAAUGUGCUUCAUCUCAUAAUCUACGACGAGCGGCAGCUGCAACAGCAACCACCACCACCCGUCAUCAUCAACCAUCUACCGAUGAUGAUGAUAUGCCUCUUGCUAUGAUGGUGAUGAAACCUUCCACAAGUACUACUUCAAGGACCAGAAGGAAACAACCACCCAAGGUGGUGGAUGAUGAUAAUAUCCCCAUUGCUCUUGCACGGAGGAGGUUGCAACAACCAACAGCAGCAGCAUGUUAUUAG